ACUUCGGCUAAAAUCGUCAUUUGUCGUGAACGUUCAAGGAUGGAGGAAGAGGCACGCAAGCUUCACGAAGAAGGGAUAAGAAAGAGGCUGAUAAGUCCCGGUAAAGGAGAACUUUCGAGCUUUCCUAAUGGAACCAAGGUGAUUUUUCAUUACCGUACCUGCAAGUGUGAUGGCACUGUGUUAGAUGACUCCAGGACGAUGGCGGGCCAGAGCAAACCCAUGGAGCUCAUCCUGGGCAAGAAGUUCAAACUGGCGGUGUGGGAGCGAAUAGUCAUCACCAUGAGACCAGGCGAAAUCGCUGAAUUUACAUGUGACACUAAGCAUACGAUGCUAUAUCCGCUAGUAUCCCAGUCGCUGAGAAACAUAAGUGCAGGUAAGGACCCUCUGGAGGGGCAGAGGCACUGCUGUGGCAUCGCUCAGAUACAUUCCCAUCAUUCUUUGGGGCACAAAGAUCUGGAUGAGCUACAGGCUAGUCCACAGCCGCUUAUCUUUACUAUUGAGCUGCUGGAGGUCCUAUGUCCAGGAUCAUACCAGCUGGAUAUCUGGGCUAUGAAUGAUAAGGAGAAGCUGGAACUUGUGCCACAGAUUCACGAGGAGGGCAACUUACUUUAUAAGCAAGGAAAAAUCAAGGAAGCCACAGAAAAGUACUACAAUGGAAUCGCCUGCCUUAAAAAUUUACAGAUGAAGGAACAUCCUGGAGAUGAAGCUUGGGUGAAGCUGGACCAAAUGAUCACUCCACUGCUUCUCAAUUACUGCCAGUGCCUGCUCCUACAGAACCAGUAUUAUGAAGUCAUUGAACAUUGCUCCUCCUUGGUCUUCAAAUAUGAGGACAAUGUAAAGGCUUACUACAAGCGGGCCAAAGCUCACGCUGCAGUGUGGAACGAGGCCGAGGCUCGAUCGGACUUCGAAAAGGUGCUGAAGCUGGACCCUUCUCUGGGACCGUCUGUGGCCAAGGAGCUGAGGGUGCUGGAGGAACGACUCCGCUCCAAGCAGGAGGAGGAGAAGGGCCGCUACAAGGGCCUGUUUGAUUUCAACACUCAACCAGCCACUGCCACCACAGGCUAAGUGUUUGUAACAAUCUGGACGAGGUUGCCAAUGAAUUUCAAGAUGGAGGAAAAGUGACGGGACACGCCAGAUGUUUUGCUUUUUUAUAGUCGUCCCAUUACCUCUAGGCACAACGUUUGUGCUCAUCUGAGUGUCAAUCGUAGUUUUCCACCAAAAAAAAAUAGCCCAACAUGAAAGGUUUGACUGAAACGAGUUGAACAAAUACCAUACCUACAGCACUGGUAACUAGAAGAUUAGGCAUAAUCUCUUGAAAUUAUGCACUUCUAAUGUAGUUAUAAUGGAAGUGGAAUAUAAUUUUACAGUCUCCCUUCUUAAGUCAUGUUUUCUUAUGUACUCACUUGCACACAUUUACCCUGAUCACUGACAAUCGUUAAAUUGAACAAGCUUGUGUUUUAUUAUAUUCCCUACAGCUAAGUACUUAAUGGUUGUAUAAAUAUAAUUAUUUUUUUGUUUUUGUCAAGAUGUAUUCAGCAGAAAGCCCGGCACUUUUUAAACUGCAUGUGGGUUGUUAGCUUAUCAGAAGUAAAAUCCUACUGUGGCUAUAAAUGUUACAAAAAAUACAUUUGUUAAUCUCAAA